UGAGGCAGCUGGCGUAGCUGAGACCUCAAUCCUGCCCUGGGAACAUAGGCAGACAUGGCCCUGCAAUGGAUGUUUCUCCUGCUCCUCACGCCUCUGCUGGCAGCACAAAAUCGUGGUAACACCUCUCCCAACAGUUUUGGAAAACGCCCGGGAAAAGGAAAAUGUAAUGUUCCCCCUAAAUGGGACAUCAGACUCCAGUGGAUUCCGAACAAGAAAAUUUAUGACUUGAACGAAGUGGUGCAGCUCAACUGUACUGGAGAGUUGUUGCCGUCUGUACCACAGAUUCAGUGCAUUUCCAGAGGGGGACGGACCCAGUGGAAUGACACUGCCACCUGCAAAGAGAGAUGCCAGCAGCCCCAGUGGGACUCACAGCUCCAGUUUAGCCCAAACCAGAAUUUUUACAGGGUCGGUGAGGAGGUGACACUGAGCUGCUUUCUAAACGACACUCCUCCCCUUGCUGUGAUCAGAUGUGCACACAGGACUUCUCCAAACUGGAACAAUGCUUGGGAGGUGUUGGAAAUUGGGAGACCAUGGCGCAAGUUGCCACAGAACCUGACCUGCACCAUGGCAAAAUGCCCAAAACCUCAAUGGGAUGUAGAACUUCAGUUUUCAGAGAGAAAAACUGAAUAUCCACAGAAUACAGAACUGACACUGAUGUGUGCUAAUGGUCUGGAGCCCUCCUUCCCCGAGGUCAAAUGUACAAAAGAAUUUCAGACAGUGACCUCUGGAAAACCAGUCUAUGUGGAUGCCUGGUGGGGCAGGAAGAGCAGCGGUGCCUGGACACGCAUUGAUGGGGAUGUCCUGUGUGUGGAUGGGUGCCAAAGGCCCACUGCAAACUGGGACUACAGACUGCAAUUGGAACCAGACCAGCAGAACUAUGAGAAGAAUGAGAAAGUGAAGCUGAGCUGCCCUGAAGGUUUCCAGCCAACCUACACUGAAAUCAAAUGUCAGAGUGGACGCCAGCACGAUGAAGAUGAUGUGACACCAUAUUCUGUGUACCAACCAUUUUGGUAUGGAAGAGACUCCAGCGGUGCCUGGGUCCCCAUUCAGUCCAGUCUGGAGUGCAUUGCAGGAUGUCAAAGACCUUCAUGGGUUUCCAUACUCCGACUGGAACCAGACCAGGAGAACUACAAGAAGAAUGAGAAAGUGAAGCUGAGCUGCCCUGAAGGUUUCCAGCCAACCUACACUGAAAUCAGAUGUCAGAAUGGACGCCAGCACUAUGAUGAUGAUGUGACACCAUAUUCUGUGUACCAACCAUUUUGGCAUGGAAGAGACUCCAGAGGUGCCUGGGUCCCCAUUCAGUCCAGUCUGGAGUGCAUUGAAGUCCUCCAGGUUGACCCUCAGAGCUUUGAGAUUUCCAGCACCAGCAUCAAACUGAAGUGGACCUGCAGGUUCCCUGAUGCCUGCCAGGGCAUGAGGGCCAUGUGCCGGCUGGCAGCGCCUUCCUCCCCUCCCUGUCAGGCUGAGGAGGUGAAAGGAGAGCAGAUGUUACACGGCCAGGAGGGAACAGUCACCUGCUCCCCUUUGCAGCCCUUCACUGAGUACAGUGUCACCAUCGACUUGCCCCCCAACACAACCCUUUUCUCAUGGUUGUUCAUGACGGAGCAAACAGUGCCAGACAGACCGGAGAAGCUGUGGCUGGAUCCCGACAGGGGCUCUCUCAGGUGGAACUCGCUGCCUUCCUGCAAGGGGGAGAUCAUCGGAUACCAGCUGAACAUCACGGCCAGGAAUGCAAGGGACAGCAGCGUGCUGGAGACGGAGCGGCUGCGGCUCAAUGGCUCCGUCACUGAGCUGCGGCUGCCGGAGCACAGCCCUGGCAGCAGCUACACCGUGACCAUCCAGGGACUGACGGCUGCUGGAGCCGGGGCUGCCUUGCUGAAGGAGUUCCACACAGGCAGCAGCUCCGACACCCCGCGGCCCCGGGACAUCAGCUGCCGCAGCGCCCGCGACAUCGCCCCGUCGCAAGGCACGGCCGUGCUUGCCCUCAGCCCCAUCGCCCGUGGCUCCGAGGCAGCCAGCGAGCACCAGCUGAUCGUGGUCCCGACGCACAACGGCUCGGUGAUCGAGAGCAUCUGCUCGGGGCAGCCACAGCUCCUCAAUGCCAGCGUCUACGUGGCCGCUCUUCUCAACCUCACCGUCCCCACGAACUUCGUGCUGGGCGACGGGAGCCGCGGGCAGGGCGAGCACAACGCUGCCCUCCGCCCGGGCAGCGACUACACGGCCCUGCUGCGCCUCGUCCGCCUCUCGCCGCAGGCAGAGAAGUUCACCUGUGUCUGCUACAGCUUCUCUGUUGGGCAGUUGUCGUCAUCUCUGCUAGACAAGAAGAUGGUGGUUAUGGCAGUAGCACUGACUGUUGCAUUCCUGGCACUGGGGAUUGUGCUGUUUCUUGUGGCGCUCAGGCUAAAGCACAACAGUUCAAAAACCUCGGAGAACAACAGCACUAUACCCCUGAGAGGACGUAAAAAAGAUGUAUGCAAGCCAAACACACAAAUCCUGGUGGAGGAACUGCUGGAGGCUCUGAAGAUGUUUAAGAGGGAAGAAAUAGAGGCAGAGCAGACAGAUGAUGAAUCAGUCGACAGGCAAAGUGCUGGGCUUCUUAGAGAAUAUCAGCAAUUGUCCUCCACUUUGUUGCACCCCUGCAAUGCUGGGAAGGAGCUAUGUAAUCAAAACAAGAACCGCUACAAGAGCAUCAUCCCAUAUGAUCACUGUCGUGUGGUGCUGCAGCCCUCUGACUCUGGGAAUGGCUACAUCAAUGCCAGUUAUGUGGAUACCUACCGAAGUCCUCACUUCUUCAUUGCAGCUCAAGGCCCCUUGGCUGGGACAGUGGUGGAUUUCUGGCACAUGGUCUGGCAGGAGAAGACCUCAGUCAUUGUGAUGCUGACGGGCUUAGUGGAGCAGAACAAGAUCAAGUGUGAGCAGUACUGGCCAGAGCAGGAGCAGGUCUACGGCGACUUCACCGUGACACUCAACAACACCUGGACCACCACAGGCCUUGUCAAACGCAUCUUCUGCCUGCAGAAGGCGGGCUGUGCUCUCCCAAGAGCAGUGGAGCAGUUUCACUACCUGCUGUGGCCGGACCACGGGGUGCCCAGGAACGCGUCGCAGCUGCUGUGCUUGGUGGAGGUGGUGAACAAGAGGGUGUUGGAAGCACCUGCUGGACCCGUGCUGGUGCACUGCAGUGCCGGGAUCGGGCGCACGGGCACCUUCAUCGCCCUGGACUUCCUCCUGAAGAUGGGCAAGGCUGAGGGGAAGGUGGAUGUGUUUCACUGCGUGCAGCAGCUGCGGGAGCAGCGGGUCGGCAUGGUGCAGACCAAGGAGCAGUACAGCUUCCUGUACGAGGCACUUCUCGAAGGCUUGCUCUGCGGCAACACUGCGGUCCCAGUGGAGAGCAUCACCCCCCUUGUCCACUCCCUUCGAGAAGAUGAGACCACAGGCCACCACAGAGUCCUAGAGAAGGAGUUCAAGGCCCUGCAGAGAUUUUCUGAGUUGUUCCAGCUUCUGCCGUGCAGAGAAGCAGAGAACCCCAGAAACCAACCCAAGAACCGCAAGCCGGGGAUCCUACCAGCGGAUUCCUGCCGGCCCAUCCUGAUGUCCUCGGUGAACGCAGACGGCUCUCCAGCCUACAUCAACGCCGUGUUCGCCAGCACGUACACCGAGGAGGAGAGAAUCAUCAUCACCCAGCUGCCUUUCCCCACCACGCUGGUGGAUUUCUGGGCUCUGGUCUGGGAUUACACCUGCACAUCAGUAGUUGUGCUGAAUCAACUCCAGGAGCUGGACAAGACAUACGUGCAGUUCUGGCCCACCCAGGGCGAAGAUGACUAUGGGCGUUUCCAUGUCCAGCUAAUCUCAGAGGAGCCUGGGGCUGGCUUCACCACGUGGACACUUGUCCUCAGCAACAGGCAGCAGCCCAAGAAAUCUGCAGUGGAAAUCCAGUUACAUCAACUGACAGACUGGCCCAUGCAGCAGCGUCUUCCCCCACACCCUGACACCAUCAUCAGCUUGCUGGGGAAGGUGGAGACACACCAUCGGCAGAGCCAAGAUGGACAUAUCCUUGUCACCUGCUGGGAUGGAGCCAGCCGGAGCGGGAUCUUCUGUGCUGCUGGUUUCCUGUGUGAGCAGAUCCAAAGCGAGGGCAUGGUGGAUGUGUCCCAGGCUGUCAGGAUGCUGAAGAGACGGCGCAGACAGUUCAUUAAAGAUGUGGAACAGUAUGGGCUUUGCUAUGAACUAGCCCUCAGUUACUUGAAUUCAUUUGAAACCUAUGGGAAUUUCAAGUAAGGGCCACACCCUAACUCUGGAAGGGAUUUUGGCUCCCUGGACAGCCCUUCAUCAGUAACAGUGGAAGCAAGAGGAAACAAAGGGAUGUGCAUGACCCCAAGAUGCUUCACUCCCCUGAAAAAUCACCCCAAGAGUACUCUGUGACUGGAGAACAAAGGCUGGACUGUCUCCAAAUUUUGGCCAGGCGUUGAAAUGGGAACCUGACCCUCUGCAGGAACUUACCUGGAAUCACAGCCUGAGUAUGCAGAUCAGAGCAGAGGCACCAGGACUCCACCUAUCCUUCCUGGCCAAAGAAGAGAGCAGCUGUCCCAUCCAGGUUCCUUUGUGUUUGAUCAGGGAAGUCUCAAACUACUGUAAGAUCCAUGGUGCUCAGAAGCACAGCAUAUCUGUCCUACUUUGGGAGAAGCAGGAAGCCCAAAGUCAACAUGAGCCAAGAGUGAGACAACCCAUGCUCCUGCAGGGCUAAACUGGUCCUUCAGACCCCACCCGAUCUCUUCCUGGUGCUGCUCCAAGUGCCACAGCCCUACCAGCUCCAUAGAGGCUCUCUCACCAGCCUGUCUGGCUGCACCAUGGCAAUCCAAUCCCAGGUUAUAGUGGCUCAGUGGGAAUAUCGUGGAUGUGCUUCAAGCAGCACCACAGAGACAGGUUCUGCCUCUGCUGCACAAGCGCAGAAAACUUCAGAACCAGGAGUGACAAGCCACUCGUGCUCAGGCUUUGCUCUCAAACAGCCCUGCUGGCACAGGACCAGUGACACCCAGCUGAGCACCACAACCAGCAGCUUUGUCCCUCUGGCACAUGACCAUGACCCACCCCAUGCUCAGGCACCCAGGCAGUCAUCCUGCCCUGAUCCUGCUGUCUGGCAGAGCAGCAGCAAGCUCCCUCUUGCUCUGCUCUCAGCAGGCACAGUGUCCCUCAGGCACACCUGGGGACAGGGUAUGUACAGAAAUGACACCUCCCUGAAGAGCCUUCCCCCAGUUCACAGUGGGCGAACUGAUGCCCUUUUCAUGCCCACUGUCCCCAGGGAAUGACUGGCACACUGGUUUUCCAGAGGGCAUGACCCAUCACCGCACAUCCAGCCCAGUCCUGUCUCUCCCUCCGAGCCCCAGUGUACACUGCACUGCAGCUCCUGUCCCUGGGGCAGACAGAGGCUACCCCAGCUGACACAGCCCUCAGGGGUCCGUGUGGCCUCCAGCCCAGGGCUGCAGGCACUGAGGAUGAAUAUCCAGGGUACAGGAGGAAAGACAGCAGAAGCUUCCAAGAGGAAGAAUCACCUCUUACCUGUUCCCUGGGGCACUAUUUGAAUGUUGAAAAGUUCUUCCUGGCCAUGUGCUGACAGUAGAGAUGCAAGGGCCAGGAGAAACUCCAGAGCUGGUGACUGCAGGGCCAUCCUAGCAUGAAAUCCCCAAACAGGACUGAAAUCUGAGCCCCACUCACUGCCUCUGAGCCCAGGCAUUCGUAUCUGACUGCAAGGCUGCAACCACAGGAAGGAAACAGACACAUCUCCUCAUGAGAUGCAGGAUGCUUCCUCUUUCGGCAGGGAACCUCCCAUCACUGUCAGCACUUCUGCCUUUUGAUAUCCUUUUGCCCCAGGAGCAUCCAGGCUCUGGGACUCAACAGAAGGAACCUUGUCACCAAGAUCCCAGAGUUUCCUCCCCAAACCCUCCUAGUUACCAGAGCAUUCAAGAAGUGUUACUCCUGUUUCUGAGGUAAUAUCCAAGCCCUCCCUGACACUGCGUGGGUUUUAGAGUGGUGAUGAAUCACUUCCCCUCGAUGAUCACAGGAGAUGGAGGACCUUUGAGAUACCACAUAAAGACCUGGUCAGAAGCAUGAAUAGGAAUGGGGAUAAGAACUGCAAAGAGUGCUUCAAUGCCUGAAACAGUG